AUGGCCCAAUCCAGGGUUUCGGCGCAGGACUACGGCUGGGAAAAUGCCGUGUCACGAGAAGCCUACUGCUGGCACGAGAGAGAAGACGAGCUGCAGACCGUCGCCGUCGCCAAUGUCGCCUUCGCCUCGGCCGAAGCCAAGGCCAAAGUCUUCCCAUGGACGAAGCGCAUGUUCCUCCUUUACCUCUGCCUCCUCAUCGCAACGGUUAACAGCGUCAUCAACGGGUACGAUGGCACUCUCAUGUCCUCGAUCAACUCAUACCCGCAGUAUCGCGACUACUUCGGCUUCGAUCCCGUGAACGGCACACCCACUACUAGUUUGGCCUACGCCAUCUAUCAAAUUGGCAACCUUGUAGGAAGCUUUGCCGCCGGGCCCGCCGCUGAUUGGCGCGGCCGCAAGUGGGGGAUGUUCAUGGGAGCAGCAGUCAUAGUACUGGGGACAUGUGUCCAAGCGACAGCAACCACCUUGCCUGCCUUCAUGGGCGGCCGCUUCACCCUCGGCUUCGGAGUUUCCAUCUGCGCUACAUCUGGCCCUGCUUACGCCAGUGAGAUGGCACACCCCGCCUACAGAGGCGUGCUGACCGGCUUAUUCAACACUUUUUGGUACGUGGGUGCUAUUCCUGGCACUUUCGUACCGUAUGCAACCAGUGCGCUGGACGGCACCCGAGCUUGGCGGAUCCCCACAUGGCUGCAGUUGGUCUUCUCGGGAAUAGUCGUCUUUGGAGCACCUUGGCUACCAGAGACUCCUCGAUGGUUGAUUGCCAAUGACAGACACGAGGAGGCUCUGAAUGUGAUGGCAAAGUACCAUGGUGAGGGCAAAAGAGACUCUGCUAUCGUGCAGCUUGAAUACAAGGAGAUGUGCGAGGACAUUUCAAUCACCGGUGCCGACAAGCGCUGGUGGGACUAUCGCGAACUUUUCAACAGCCGUGAAGUCCGCCAUCGCACUUUCAUCAUCAUCACCUUUGCCUUCUUCAGUCAAUGGGUUGGCAAUGGUCCCAUAUCUUAUUACUAUCCCACAGUCCUUCAGGGUGCCGGCAUAGACAACAACCAGACACGUCUGCUUCUAAAUGGCUUCCAAACCCUCGUUUCUCUCACAGGCGCCUUAAUCGGUGCCGCCUUCACAGACAAGUGGGGCCGACGCAAGCAGCUCCUGACCUCAACCUUCAUCAUCACCCUCAUUUUCGUCGCUGUCACCGCCCUCAACGCCACCAAUAUUCUCACCGACCCUAACACCGGCCUUCCUGUCACCGAUCCAAGCGGUACUCCCAUCGCCAUCUCGCUAACACGCUCGAGAGGCGUCAUCGCCGUAAUCUUCGUCUUCGGCUUCGUGUACUCGGCGGGCUUUACGCCACUACAGGCGUUGUAUCCGGUCGAGUGCCUCCGCUACGAGAGCCGGGCGAAGGGUAUGGCCAUGUAUAACUUCUUCGUCAACGUUGCGAACUUCUACAACACAUUCGUCACUGGGAUUGCUUUCACACAUCUCGCGUGGAAGUACUACUUUCUUUUCAUCGCUUGGGACAGCCUGCAGCUCGUCAUUAUCUACUUCACCUACGUCGAGACCAAGCGCCGCACCCUCGAGGAGCUCAGCGAGAUUUUCCGGUCCGCUCGGCCCGUCAAAACCAGUCUGGGGACGACGGUUGUCGUAGUCAGGGAGGGCAGGGGCGUCGAGGUCGUGGAUGAUGAUCAAGCCAUGAAAGAGAAUAAAGAGGUCAGGUGGAGUUGGGAGUAG